AUGACAGCCACUUUGAUCCGGCCGCGGCAGGCAUCCGACAUCCCUGCACUGGUUGAGGCUUUGCAAGACGUUUACAACAGCGAUGGGUACCCAGUAGAAGGCACCUCGACAGCUUUAACCUUCCUAUCGCCACCGGGACUCCUGGAAGCAUGGGUGGCUGUUCAAGAGGGAGUGGUGGUAGGACAUAUCGUUGUCAUAGCUGGGGAGAAGGGCAAUCAAGCACCGGUUCAGGCAUGGACGGAAUUCGGCGAGGGCGGGAAGGUCGAACAGACAGUUGUGGUAGCGCGAUUCUUUGUUCGAGAACUCGCGAGGGGAACAGGCCUCGGACGCGGCCUAGUGGAUGCUACUUGUGCUUGGGCUAAAGAGAACGACAUGCGCAUUGUCAUGAACGUGCUCAGUCACAAUGUCGGUGCCAUGAAGCUAUACGAGAAAGCUGGUUUUAGGAUAAUAGGGAAAGGGAUCCAUGUCAAUCCUCAGGGUCAGAGGUUUCCACAGUACUUCUAUGUCUAUGGCUGA